CAGAAUUCAUUUUCUCGCGACUUCCUGCAUCUCUCCAUCUCCUAGACUCUCCCAGCAGAGCAAGGACUUCCCUCUCCACUCCAUUCUUUUCCAUUCAGAGUCGUCUUUCAUCAGACAAUCAAAAUGGCGAACAAGGAGGAUAUUAAGAUCCUGGGCAUGCCGUCCUUCGUGGUCGACUUCUUGAUGGGUGGUGUCUCCGCCGCCGUCUCGAAGACUGCCGCUGCCCCCAUUGAGCGUAUCAAGCUGCUCGUCCAAAACCAGGAUGAGAUGAUCAAGGCUGGCCGUCUUGACCGCCGCUACAAUGGCAUUGUCGACUGCUUCCGCCGUACCACCGCCGAUGAGGGUGUCAUGGCCCUGUGGCGUGGUAACACGGCCAACGUCAUCCGUUACUUCCCUACCCAGGCCUUGAACUUCGCCUUCCGUGACAAGUUCAAGAAGAUGUUCGGCUACAAGAAGGACAGGGAUGGCUACUGGAAGUGGAUGGCUGGUAACCUGGCCUCCGGUGGUGCCGCUGGUGCUACCUCGCUCCUCUUCGUCUACUCGCUCGACUACGCCCGUACCCGUCUUGCCAACGACGCCAAGUCGGCCAAGAAGGGUGGUGAGCGCCAGUUCAACGGCCUGAUUGACGUCUACCGCAAGACCCUUGCGUCGGACGGUAUCGCCGGUUUGUACCGUGGCUUCGGUCCUUCCGUCGCCGGUAUCGUCGUCUACCGCGGUCUGUACUUCGGCAUGUACGACUCGAUCAAGCCCGUCGUCCUCACCGGCGCGCUCCAGAACAACUUCCUCGCUUCCUUCAUGCUCGGCUGGUGCGUCACUACCGGUGCCGGUAUCGCCUCGUACCCUCUUGACACGGUCCGUCGCCGCAUGAUGAUGACCUCUGGUGAGGCUGUCAAGUACAAGAGCUCGUUCGAUGCCUUCCAGCAGAUCGUUGCCAAGGAGGGUGUCAAGUCUCUUUUCAAGGGUGCUGGUGCCAACAUCCUCCGUGGUGUUGCUGGCGCUGGUGUGCUCUCGAUCUACGACCAGCUCCAGGUCCUUAUGUUCGGCAAGGCCUUCAAGGGCGGCUCUGGCUAAAUUUCGCCAAUCACUGUACAACAUCAUGGGAUGAUGGAGGCGGUUGGUGACGAAUCACGGUUCGAGCAGUUGGCUGAACCAAGGGGACGUGGUGGGUCGGUGGCGUUGAGCUGGGAGACGGGGAUCCUUCGUGGGAGGCAGCAGAUGCUUCUGGACGUUGGGUAUCGCGGGGUACAAAAACUGGGCAUAUCUGGCGUUACUGGGACGCGGAUGGGCCGUUCACCCGUUGUAAUUUAUACUCUUGAGCCAUUCCCGGUGUAUUCCUUGCUACCAUUUCGCGUUGGGGUUGCCGUUUCUUCGCAUGGGUGUUUCCUUUGUUGCAUGCGAUUCAUAGAUCCCAAUAGUUUCUGGCCAUUUCAACCGUGUUUCC